UAUGGAAAAUGAACACUGUAGGCAGACAAACACUAGAUAAUUCCUCUCUCUCUAUUAUCCUCCCCUUUUCUCUCUCUUUCCUUCUCUCAGUGUGUCACCACUCUACAUUCUCUAUGUUGUUCUGACCAGUGAAAAAACAAUUACUCCACCAUUUAUAGGCUCUGACAUGCAGCACAGAGGGCAGCUGCUGCUGUUGCGUACACGGAGAAUUAUUACAACCACACGUCUAUCUGGCAGUUCAGAGGAAAUCCAGUCAGGAGGAAAGCCAGAAAUCUGAGUGAGGAGCUUCAUUUCAAGACAUCUGUCUUCCUCGUUCCUCAUCACGGCUAACUUCAGCCCUGCAGCAGAGGGCUGUGAGGAUGCACUGCAGAAAAAGGGAGAGGAUGAUCACGGCGUACAGCAGGAAUACACUCAAGGAGCCAGUUUUAUUGUGUGACGUCCAGGGAAGGCUCGGAGAAGACAGAGACAAGUACUGAACACAAUGAGCGGUCAGGACAAAUGGAUCACACUGACCCCAGCAGAAUUUGCCCUGCUACAGGAAUACACUCAGUACUCCACCAAGAAGCUGAAGGAUGUGUUGCAGGAGUUCCAUGGAGACGGCGUGUUGGCUAAAUACAACCCAGAGGAGAAGCAGGACAUUCUCAAUCUGGAGAUUGACUUUGAAGGUUUCAAGGUCUUCAUGCAGACGUUCCUGGAGAGUGAGCUCCCUGAGGAGUUCUGUCAACACCUCUUCAUGUCGUUCAGCAACAAGCGACCUAAAUCCAGUCCCUCAUCUACUGACAAGCCCAGAGUUUCUGGCCUUAAGCUCAUCAAAAGCAACUCGACUCCUCUGAAGACACCCGCCCUGCUCGGGCCACUGGAUAUGGUGCAGCUGAAAGAUAUUGUGUUUUACCUCUCUUUGCUGGAAGGCGGGCGCCCUGAGGACAAGCUAGAGUUCAUGUUUCGGCUCUAUGACACAGAUGGAAAUGGAUCGUUGGACAACUCGGAGCUGGAGCACAUUAUCUCCCAAAUGAUGCACGUAGCAGAGUACCUGGAAUGGGACGUGACGGAGCUCAAACCAAUCCUCCAGGAAAUGAUGCAGGAGAUUGACUAUGAUCAGGACGGCACCGUGUCCCUGGGGGAGUGGAUCCAAGGAGGACUGACCACCAUCCCACUGCUGGUCCUGUUGGGCUUGGAGACGAAUGUAAAAGAUGACGGGCAGCACGUGUGGAGACUGAAGCACUUCAACAAACCCGCCUACUGUAACCUGUGUCUCAACAUGCUUAUUGGACUGGGGAAGCAGGGACUCUGCUGCUCCUUCUGCAAAUACACCGUCCACGAGCGCUGUGUGGCUCGUGCGCCACAUUCUUGCAUCAAAACCUAUGUGAAGUCCAAGAAAAACACAGAGGUAAUGCAUCAUUUCUGGGUGGAGGGGAACUGCCCCACCAAGUGUGACAAGUGUCACAAAACCAUUAAGUGUUACCAGGGCCUGACUGGGCUCCACUGUGUGUGGUGUCAAAUCACGCUCCAUAACAAGUGUGCUUCCCACGUGAAACCAGAGUGUGACUGUGGACCCCUGAAGGAUCACAUCCUGCCCCCAAACUCAAUCUGCCCCGUCGUCCUGGAACGGCAAUCGACUCUGAGAAAAGAUUCCCGGUCAAGCCAGUCGAGUCGAGGAAAGAUGCAGAGAGCCAACUCUGUCACAGUGGACGGUCAAGGCCUUCAGAUCACAACAAUAGAGGGCACUCAUCCUCUGCUGGUGUUUGUCAAUCCAAAGAGCGGGGGGAAGCAGGGGGAGAGGAUUUACAGAAAGUUCCAGUAUCUCCUGAACCCGAGACAAGUGUACAACCUUGCCAAGAAUGGGCCAAUGCCAGGUUUGAACUUCUUUCGAGACGUUCCUGAUUUCAGAGUAUUGGCCUGCGGAGGAGAUGGCACUGUGGGUUGGAUCCUGGACUUUAUCGAUAAGGCCAACCUGGACAGGAACCCCCCAGUAUGUAUACUUCCUCUUGGCACGGGCAAUGACCUGGCGAGAUGUCUGCGAUGGGGAGGAGGCUAUGAGGGUGAAAACCUCCUGAAGAUACUUCGGGACAUUGAGAAUAGCACAGAAGUGAUGCUGGAUCGCUGGAAGAUCGAUGUGACGCCCACAGACAAGGAUGAGCGAGGAGACCCGGUGCCUUACAGCAUUAUGAACAACUACUUCUCCAUCGGAGUGGAUGCAUCCAUUGCACAUCGUUUCCAUGUGAUGAGAGAGAAGCACCCUGAGAAAUUUAACAGCAGAACAAAGAAUAAGCUGUGGUACUUUGAGUUCGGCACUUCGGAGACGUUUUCGGCCACAUGUAAGAAGCUCCAUGACUUCUUGGAGGUUGAGUGUGAUGGUAUCACUCUAGACCUCAGCAGCAUCUCCUUAGAGGGCAUUGCAAUUCUCAACAUUCCUAGUAUGCAUGGAGGCUCCAAUCUUUGGGGCGAAAGCAGGAAGAGGAGGGGUCAGCGCAAGACGGGGAAGAAGCAUCAAGAAAAACGGACCCCAGUGGUCGACCCCAAAGAGCUUAUGUUUGCUGUUCAAGACCUGUCUGACCAGUUUCUGGAGGUGGUGGGGCUUGAAGGAGCCAUGGAGAUGGGUCAGAUCUACACGGGCCUGAAGAGCGCUGGAAGAAGGCUGGCCCAGUGCUCUUCUGUAACCAUCAGAACUACUAAAUCCCUCCCGAUGCAGAUUGAUGGCGAACCUUGGAUGCAGACUCCCUGCACUAUUCAGAUUGUCCACAAGAACCAGGCUCACAUGCUGAUGGGAAUGCCACAGGGCCGGAGCUUUUUCUCUUCAAUCCUCAGACGAACACGCUCUGAAAGCAAAGACUAAACCAUCAUUGUGGGACAGAUUUGAGUCCUCUCGAGCUCCUACAGAGCAGCUCUGGGCAAGUUUCAUCAAGACCCCAUGGUCCAUUUAAGAAAGUGGACUAGCCUGUUUCAUAGCCCAGCGCCUAGUAGCACGCUGUAGGUUCGGUUUGUGUUGCCUGCAGCAUGAAGAUGUUUCUGAGAUUGUCCUCAUUGAAUUCAAAAUAAGCUGUGAUCGGAGGAGACAGUUUGAUCUUCAGUGAGCUCCAAAAAUACCGAAGUUAUUUCUGGAAUUCCACCUCUGUUCUUGUUCUAUUUUCUGUAAAAAAAAAAAAAAAAAAGAUUUUAUUUUUUGCUGUUGUGCUCUGUGCCAAUUUGAACAACCAAACCAUAAAUUAUGUAUUUAUUAAUUUAAUCAUGUUUUGCUAUUUAUGCUGUUCUUCUGUAUUUUUGCACACACCUGAUGCAUGAUAGAGUUUAAAAAAGGUUUCUGCUGCCAGAGCUGGCGUUAGUGGAUUUUGCAGCUGAUUUUCAGUUGUUUAGUGUGAGCUCAAGUUUCUCCUCUUGACUGCAGUCAAGUACUAAAAAUUCAUAACAACCUGUUUUGUGCUCUUGGAAGUAAACAUUAAACACCACGGUCUCAAAAUAAAUAGACUUAUAGUAUCUAUUGUGCAUUAAUUUAUCUUAACAUUUACAGUUUUCCAGAGGUAUUUUUGUUGUCACUUCCUAUGUGCCAAUUAACCCUUAAAAGCACCUUCGUCGGCACUGGUAGUGAUUUAUUUCUGCGUAUUUGUACUGCCUUCACUUCAUCACCAAAAGCAUAAACUUUUCAUCUUUUUAAAAUGUUUUACAAAUUAGAGCAGUGUUUUUUUUUUUUAAAUGCACUUCUGCAUGUUUUCUGAGAAUGAUUGUUAGGCUGGCUGUUUCUUUAAAAGUCCCAUCUGUGAUGUGGAGACUAAGAUCCAUGUCUCCCUAGUUUUUUUGUGCUUUGUAAAGUGCAGCAUUUGUACAGUGAGGUUGUAUUUUUGUACACAGUAUGUAUUAUUUUUCCGCUUUCUGUUUCACUGUGGCUCUCACGCCGUGUUGUUGCAUCCACCAGUACUGACUGAGGAAACUGAAAGAAACAAUUAAAGGCUUUACUUGUUUAA